CACUGUUAGCUGCAGCUUUCUGCUUCAGCUGGAAAGCUAGAAGUAUUCACAGUGUACCACAGGCAGCGGGGGUUGGGGGGAAGCAAGAAAGAUUGCUCUCGGCACUUGUGCUUUUGUUAGUUCUACAGAAGAGGCAGAGAAACAAGAGAUAACAAAGGCUCCAUUUCCUUUCUGUGAGAGAAGGCUUUUGUCUCCUUCUGCAACGAUGUCAGUGUCUGGCAAGAAAGAGUUUGAUGUGAAACAGAUCCUAAGGCUACGCUGGAGGUGGUUUAGUCAUCCUUCUCAAGGUUCGCCCAACACUGGAAACUGCCUUCAGCAGGAAGGAUAUGAGCAUAGAGGGACCCCGGUUCAGGGCAGGUUGAAGAACCACUCUCGGGACAGAAGCGGACUGAAGAAAAGCAACAGUCCUGUCCACCACAACAUACUGGUACCAGUGCCAGGACCGUCCCCUGCCCAUCAAAUAGCCCUUCAGAAUUGGCACCCACUAAACCUGAUAGAACAUCUUCGAGCAAAUGAAGAUACUCCUAAAGCAGUUUCAGAGGAGAAUUUGUUCAAAGAAGCUUGUGAGAAACACUCACAAGAUUUGGAGAUGAUGGCUGAUGACAAUACAGAGGAUUCUACAGCAAGAUUGGAUACACAACAUCCUGAAGAAAUGGAUGUCAGCACAUCUGAGGAGCAGUUCCUUGCUGUAAACCAUGCAGAGCAAACUCUCCAUAAAAUGGAGAACUACCUGAAAGAGAAGCAACUGUGUGAUGUGCUACUCAUUGCUGGACACCUUCGAAUCCCAGCCCAUCGGUUGGUUCUCAGUGCAGUGUCUGAUUAUUUUGCUGCAAUGUUUACUAACGAUGUGCUUGAAGCCAAACAAGAAGAGAUCAGGAUGGAAGGAGUUGAUCCUAAUGCGCUUAAUUCUUUGGUGCAGUAUGCUUACACAGGUGUCCUGAAAUUGAAAGAAGACACUAUUGAAAAUUUGCUGGCUGCAGCUUGUCUCCUGCAGCUGACUCAAGUCAUUGAAGUCUGCUCCAAUUUUCUCAUAAAGCAACUCCAUCCUUCAAACUGCUUAGGGAUUCGAUCAUUUGGAGAUGCCCAGGGCUGUAUGGAGCUCCUGAACGUGGCACAUAAGUAUACAAUGGAACACUUCAUCGAGGUUAUAAAGAACCAAGAAUUCCUUCUGCUUCCAGCUAAUGAAAUUUCAAAACUUCUGUGCAGUGAUGACAUUAAUGUGCCUAAUGAAGAAACCAUUUUCCACGCUCUAAUGCAGUGGGUGGGACAUGAUGUGGAGGCUAGGCAAGGAGACCUAGCGAUGCUGCUUUCUUACAUCAGACUGCCUUUACUUCCACCACAGUUACUGGCUGAUCUUGAAAAUGACUCCCUGUUUACUGGUGAUCUUGAGUGUCAGAAGCUCCUGAUGGAAGCUAUGAAGUAUCAUCUCUUACCUGAGAGAAGACCCAUGAUGCAAAGCCCUCGGACGAAGCCUAGAAAAUCAACUGUGGGGGCACUUUAUGCUGUGGGAGGCAUGAAUGCUAUGAAAGGUACCACAACAAUUGAAAAAUAUGAUCUCAGGACCAACAGCUGGCUACAUAUUGGCACCAUGAGUGGCCGUAGGCUUCAGUUUGGAGUUGCAGUUAUUGAUAAUAAGCUCUAUGUCGUGGGAGGAAGAGAUGGUUUAAAAACUUUGAAUACUGUGGAAUGUUUUAAUCCAGUGGGCAAAAGCUGGACGGUGAUGCCUCCCAUGUCAACACAUAGACACGGCUUAGGUGUAGCCACACUUGAAGGACCAAUGUAUGCUGUUGGUGGUCAUGAUGGAUGGAGUUAUCUAAAUACUGUAGAAAGAUGGGACCCUGAGGGACGUCAGUGGAAUUACGUGGCCAGUAUGUCAUCUCUUAGAAGCACAGUUGGUGUUGUUGCAUUAAACAACAAGCUAUAUGCUAUUGGUGGACGUGAUGGAAGUUCCUGCCUCAAAUCAAUGGAAUAUUUUGACCCACACACUAACAAGUGGAGUCCAUGUGCUCCAAUGUCCAAAAGACGUGGAGGUGUGGGAGUUGCAACAUACAAUGGAUUCUUAUAUGUUGUUGGGGGUCAUGAAGCCCCUGCUUCUAACCAUUGCUCCCGGCUUUCUGAUUGUGUGGAACGGUAUGAUCCAAAAGCUGAUUCGUGGUCAACUGUGGCGCCUCUGAGUGUUCCUCGAGAUGCUGUUGCUGUAUGCCCUCUUGGAGACAAACUGUAUGUGGUUGGAGGAUAUGAUGGACAUGGUUAUUUGAACAUUGUUGAGUCAUAUGAUGCACAGAAAGAUGAAUGGAAAGAGGAAGUUCCUGUUAACAUUGGAAGAGCUGGUGCAUGUGUUGUGAUGAUGAAGCUACCAUAAAGCUAUCUUUUUCAAAAGGAAGGAAACUGGAUAAUUUCAAGAAAUGGAGUAGGAUGGAAAAAAAAGAAGAAACAUGUUUUAUUUCCUUCAAUUAGUAAUCAAACAUGAAAAUUCUUGUGUCAUUUUAAUAUGUAGUUACAAUUGCUCUCAUUUGUGAAACCAAAACAAGUUUUCAAACAUGAAUUACAUAUAGGUGUUAAGUGUAUGUGUUGUUGUAGCUGAUAAUAUAAGUGGAAAUCUGA